UUCCUAAGAAACGCCCUCAAUUGAAUCUCUCCAUCCACUUUGCAUUGUAAUAGAGAAAAAGGAAACAAAGGAGAGGAGCAAAGCAAUGGCAAAGUCAGUCAUCUUCUUUGCCUCUGCCCUUUGCUUCUUGUCACUCCUGGGGGCCGCCCUCGGUGACUCCCGCUUCUUCGUUGAGGGCGAGGUCUACUGCGACACCUGCCGUGCCCAGUUCAUCACCAGAGUCAGCGAGUACCUCAAGGGUGCCCAGGUGCGCUUGGAGUGCAGAAACCGUGAGGGAGGAGACCUGACCUACAGCGUUGACGGCCACACCGACGAGAAAGGAGUCUACCGCCUCCCAGUGGAUGAAGAGCACGAGGAGGAGGUAUGCGAGAUCUUGCUCGUGAAGAGCAACAAGCCCGGUUGCGAGGAAGUCAGCCAGGAUCCUUACCUCAGGAAGAGUGCCAGGGUCAGCCUUACAGCUAACAAUGGCAUUGCUAGCCCGAUCCGUGCUGCCAGUCCUCUUGGCUUCAUGAAGUCCGAGCCUCUUAAGGAGUGCGCUGAGGUCUUCAAGGAACUCGGCAUGACCCCCAACGGCCUUGUCGAUUAAGACAGCAAAAUCGAUUAAACAUCGUCGAGCGUAUCUCCUAUCUCAAUAAAAUGAAAAGGGCAAUAUCUUUCCCUAAGAAAUUGUAUUAACAUUUGCCUAUCAAUUGACAGGCUGAUGCAAAGCCUAGUUCUACCAUAAAUUUUGCUUUUAGCUUUUUGGAGAGUGCGUUAGCAUUCCUUAUUGCCUAUGAAGUUACUUGGAAUAUAAUUUUGCAAUCUCUGUUCAUUCA